GUGCCGCUCCGCACGUGAGGGCUGCCGCCGUGGCCACGGCACUGGUCUCGGCCAGAGGCCUGAGCAAGGCCGCAGAGGCUGCCGGCAGCAGCGCGGCGGUGCGCGGCGGCGUGGGCGCCAUGCUGCGCUGGGGCACCCAGGAGGCCACGGCCACCGUGACCGAGAUGGAGGAGAGGGUGGCGCUCUGCCAGCUCAGAGUGCGGGAGGAGCAGUUCGCGCUGGCGAGCCACAAGGACGCCGUCAAACAAGUGCACGCGGAGCGGGAGUUGGAG